GCAAAGACAGAACCAGAUUAACAAUGCGAUUCUCCUCAACAAUGCGAUGUUGGCAAAUUCUCUAACAGCAAUGCCGUCGUCGGAGCAUCAUCAGAUUCCAAUUCCCAGCGCUAUUCAUUUUCCGAGCGGUGGUCAUCCUCUGCAAGCGAGUCAUGCUGCUCUAUUUCCAAACUUCCAACCGAAGUUCCCGACAGUUCCAACAGCAGGGCUAAAUCAACUAGGCCUUUACGAUGUUCUAAGCCAUCCGGUGAAACUUGAUGGUGUGCCAAGUGUGCUUAUUCCUACACACGUCAGCACUUCAACGACCGCUUCGCCCCCAGUAGGAACUACCACGGCUGGAGAAGAGCCCGAGAAAGCAGAGCUACAGGAAUCAGAGCCAAUUCCUAUCGGAGUGUCAGAGCCGGAUGAACGGAUGAAAAAGGUGAUUAAUCUGUCUGCGACUCCUCUACCGAAACCGACAGAGAUCACUGACAGCCCUGCACUGACUGAGCUCAUUGAAGAGAUUGGAGAGGAGAACUUGCUCACCACUACAACCGAGCAGCUUAUUGAGGCAACCUCAGCGAAGGCUCCUAGGCCUGAUGUCUACCGGCUUUUGAAGACUCUAAAUUUGACUGAUGAAGAAACAAAUGAUCUCGUUAGCCAUGUUGAAAAGGUAGUCCGUGAAGAACUAGUACGAAAAUUGGCGGAGGCGCGUCUCUCAGAACAUAUGACGAGUACUUCACAGAAACCAUCAAAUGAUGCUUCCACCAUUGAAACUACCACUAUUCAAUCCUCUACAGCAUUUGAGUCAGACGAGAGUCAGAUUGAAGCACGAAUCAAGGUACCAGACCAAAUGGCCAAGACUGAAAAGGAGCUUUUGCUAUAUAUCCCACGCAAGAAACCAAAGCCAGAGAUCAAACACCACCCACAAAGGCUGAGCGCUGAUGAUGGAGCCAGCUUUGUAGAAGCAGAAAUCCUCACAUCACAAAUGCAUCUGCCUGUCGAAGAUGACGACACUUCAGAGGCAGCUGCCAUGUUGCCCGAAACGGAAGCCUAUGAGUCGGAUAAAGGCCAAGAAAUAAUUUCGACCACAAUAGCAACAACAGCCGCUCCUACGACGACUACCCAGGUUUCUACUUCACCUACUGCUCCACCAGUUAACCAUCAAAAGCUUCAUAUCAGGGAUCUCAACAGCACCGUGGAAAAAUCAAAACUUCUUGCCUCCUACGGUGGGAUUGAUGCGGAUUUGUUAAAUAAUAUCGCACUCGCCACUGGAGCUCCACUGGAUUUGGAAGCGGAAGGAACACAAUUGGUCGCAUACAGGGCGAGGAACACAGGAAGAGCACCAUCCACGACACUAGCUCCUUCCACCAUCUCACGGUCUAUGGUUGGGAGACCAAAGACCACUUCGCCUCCGAAAACUCCUUUCGAACGUCUGGCAGUGGACUACAAAGAAAGACUGACAGGAGCUGGAGAUAUGGACAAGUUCCUCAAAACGAUUUACUCAAAUGCUUACAUUGCACUCGUGGAUGCUAAAGAAGCGUCGAGUGUCCGUAUACCAAUGAGUAUGCGACGAGCACAAGCUAGUCUUGGUUGAUGUUAUUGAAAAGCCGCGUUCUGUUGUAGCUGCUAUCCUAGGAAUCAUUAUUCCACAUUAUGUAUAUACGUCGUUAUGCUCAGCAAAAGAAAAUGCAAUGCUUUGUCUGCUUUGCCGAGGAGUUUAUCUUAAAUUAUUUAUUCCGUUUAUGCAUAUAGUUAUGUUGUAC